CCUUAUGCCCGUUUAAGAUAGAUAACGGCGGCCACCCCACCGGUAACUUGCUCAUUUGGUUAUGGUAAAUGGUGUGCCACUUGGGAUUGCCAACAAAAAGAGCCUAACCAUCCAAUGCGAGCGUAUUUGCACGUAUGCAGAUGCUCCCGUUCGGUCCGCCCCAACCGCGAUCUCAACGAGCCCACAUCGGACAGACGUGCUGCCGUUAGCUGUGUGCCAGUGCCAGCAGUGUCAGAGACGCAACGCGGGUGCACAUCCAUGCUGCCUGGACAGAAUCCGCCACCAGCCCAGCCGCGGCAUGGCAUGCGGGAAGCCCAGGCCGCCGAUCGCGUAACGGUCACCUUCGUCACGGUCUUCGCGUUGGUUGCGUUUCGUCAGUGCGCGAGGAGCAUCAUGAUGAACACGGUUGUUAUGCGAGCGCGCGCAAAGUUGCAAAGUUACAAACUUACGACGCAGCGGGAGAAGCUCACUGCGGUUUGGGAUACACGGACCCGGAUGCCGGCACUCUAUCUGCCAGCUCGCCUAGUGUCCUUUCGAGGCCUCUAGCUGAACUUUCCUAUACACAGACACGCACUGAACGCGAUCGGAGCAUCAAAGCCGCAAAUCGUAUUGGUGCAGACUUGCCUAUCACUCAACGGAAGGGUGCAGGCAAUGGAAGUGCCGCUUGAACGUACGCGAAGGUUCGUUUCUCGUCCCCCCACCGAGGGCCUGACA